CAGGUAUUGCAUUGCAGUAUAUUAAAAUAGGAAUAAAACAGUAUAUUUCAAUAAACUCUCGUCAAUCGAUUUAUAUUUUUUGUAGGUGACUAAGUGUAAGUCAUAAGAAAAUCUAAAAUGAUAAUUACGUGGUUAUGUGUAUUCUUUAUGACAUUCAACUUGUGCACAGUAUAUAGUGAAGAAACUAUUAAAGCUUCAAAAGUAAAAAUAAUAAGAUCAAUCAAAAAUUCGGUUGCAUUUCAUACCAAGCGCUUCAUCGCCUUCAUGAGACGUUGCCCAAGCUAUUUGAGAAGAUUCUUGAUUUGGCUUAAGAAAUACGCAAAACAUGGUAUAAAAUGUACUGCUCAUGGAUUGACUCACAUGAAAUGUACAACCAUGGAUGGAUUAAAUAAAGUAAUUAGCAAUAAAGCUUUUAAACGAAUACCAAGUUUUAUACGGAAACGUUGGACUAAAACUACCCUUACUUCAAAAUUGUGUUUCAAAGAUUAGGUAGAUAUCUAAUAAUACCCUUAAUUAUAUUAUAAAAAUAUGUAAAUUGUUAAAUAUUCGUAAAUAUUUUUACGAAUUUCUUAAAAAUAUGUUCUUAUUUAUUUUAUGAUACCACACUAAUUAUCGUUUACUAAAAAGAAUAUUGAUUUUUUUUAAUAAAUCCUUAAUAUUUUUUAUGGUACUUGCAAUAUAAUAACAUAUAAU